CACACAGACUUUGGGCCAAACAGACAGAGGUUAGCGUUAGCUCACAAACUCUGUACAAACCUAUAGCUUGGCAGCGUUAUAACUUAAAACAUUUAUUCACGAAAGAAGUCGUAUUCUUGUAUGUAGUACGAUACACCUUUGGAGACGUAUCCUGAGCUUCAGUUUGUCAUCUUUAAAGCGCUCUCUCACAAUGGCUGAUCUUAUGACACCUCGUACUGGACGCUCAUCCUCUGGUAAGUCUAAGCACUCAGGGAAGAGACGUUCUAAAGGCCAGAAUGUGGUGACCACGGCAGCCCCCAACGAGUCCUUUCUAGAGGGUUCAGAGACAAAGCCUGUGGUGGGAGAGUUUGAAGAGGACACUGAUCAUUUUAUUUCAGCAGUGCCAGAGGAAGUGGACUCACACACCAAAGGCCUGAGAGAGCUGUUUAAAAAGCGCGCGGCUUUGACGGGUCUAUCAGAGGCGUCUUGGUCAGAAGAAAAUAACACAGCCCUGGACAAGUUCAUCACAGACGGCACAAUCAGGAUUCUCAUUAUCUACCUCGACCCUUUUGCUGGCCUACGUGUGCAGUACGCCAUGCCAAGUCAGGUGGUGGAGCAGCUGGCCUACUUCAUACGUGAGGAGGAGUCUCUGAUUAUGGAGGAGAGUUUUGAGAGCUGUGUGCAGUUUGGCACAGUGCGGGGAGGGGGUAUGGAGAGCCUGCUGAGGCUAAUGAACGGGAUGCAUGUGCCACAGGUCACCCUCAGUACGGCCUGGCCAGAGAGCAUCAAGAAUAACUACUCAGGACACAUGCACCGCUUCCUCACCAACCUCACAGACACCAGGUUUAAACUCGUGGGGAACACUGUGCUCUACAUCCCAAUGGAGGCCCUCCAGCACAGCCCAGAGGUAGCUGCCAGGGACAAAGAGCUGGUGCAGAGACUGGAGAUGGUGAUGAUCCAUUGGACACGUCAGAUAAAAGAGGUGUUGAAUGCCCAGGAAACAGUAGAGACAAGUGACAGCUCUGGUCCUCUGGUGGAGAUUGCCUUCUGGAGGAGCCGUUGCACUGACCUCUCUGGCAUCAGUCAGCAACUCCAGAAACCUGGAGUCUGCCACAUUCAGACCAUACUGCAGCUCUGCAAGUCUUCUUACGUGCCUCCAUUCUGCAGACUAGCCAAGCAGAUCCAGGAUGGCUCACUGCAAGCCCAGUCUAACCUGUCAUUCUUGUCCCUGCUGAGGGAGCCAUGUGAGGAGCUGGCCCAGCUCAAACCCCGUGAGGUAGCACCCAAACUGGCCCACCUCCUCAACCUCAUCCGUGUCAUCUGGGUCAACUCUGUCUACUACAACACCCGCGAGAGACUUACUGCGCUCUUCCGCAAGAUGAGCAAUGAGAUCAUUCGGCUGUGCUGCAGAGAGAUCUCUCUGGACAGGCUGUUCCAGGGCUAUGUGAUUUCCAGCAAACAGACCCUCAGUGACUGCAUCCAGUGCUGUCUCUCCUGGAAGGAGCUCUACCUACAUGCCUCUCAGCUACACCACAAGUAUUCCUCAGUAGGCUGGGUGCUUGACCAGACAAGCAUCUUUGCUUUGGUGGAUGCCUUUAUGCAGCGAUGUAAAGAUCUGCUGGAGGUGUGUGAGUGUCAGCAGCAGUUUGCCCGUCGUAAGGAAGGCGAGCAGAUGCCAUUGCCGUGCUUUGCAGGGCGCCAGGGGGCAGAGGUCACCAGGAACCUGCUGGAGAUUGAGGCCACCUUUGACAAGAGCCUACAGAUCUUGCGCUCGGUGCGCAAGGGCAUCCUAGAUGUCAAAAAUACCUCCUGGCAUGACGACUACAACAGGUUCCGGGCAGGAGUGAAGGACCUUGAGGUGAUGAUGCAGAAUUUGAUCACCAGUGCUUUCGAAAUGGUCAAUUCGGUGGAGGAAGGGGUCCAGCUGCUCGAUGUCUUCCAGCACCUGACGACUCGAGAGGCCAUUAAGCGAACCAUAGACAGAAAGACGGUGGAUGUGUAUACUCUGUUCAGUAAGGAGCUGUAUCUGGUGAAUAAGGAGCUGAGCCAAAAGGCGAUUCACACUCCUGCACACAUCCCCCAGAACGCAGGCCACGCUCACUGGGCCCGAGCCCUGCGCCGGCGCAUUGAGAGACCAAUGGAGGUCCUGCAGACUGCUUACUUCAUGCCUCAGACAGGCAGUGGCGAGGAAGUGCGUGCAGCUCAUGGGCAGUUGGUGCAGACACUAGACGAGCUGGUCAGGAGGAUAUUCAGUGAGUGGAGCCAGAGCCUGGAACGCCAGAGCCUAAAAAAACUCGACCAGUCUCUUAUGAUCCGCUGCAAAGAAAAACCAGGCAUGCUGGACAUCAACUUCGACAAGAACCUGCUGAAGAUGUUUAAUGAGAUUCAUUACUGGGAACGGCUGCUAUUUGAGAUCCCGCACUAUGUAUCCGAGGUUUAUCAGCGCAGAGAAGACCUGCGCACCAUGAGGGAGAGUGUUCUACUGGUGGUUAGAGACUACAACAGGAUCAUUGCAGCCCUUUCUUCCGACGCUUUGGGCCUGUUUCGGGAGCGGAUACGAUUUCUAGAUAAGAAGAUCCAGCCAGGCCUCUCCAAAUUGCAGUGGUCAUCUAAAGGAGCAUCCAACCUCUUCAUCAGUGAGUGCAGACUACAUGCAAGCAAGGUGCAGUUAAUGGUAGAUGAGUAUAAGGCUGCUAACCUGACUAUCUCUAAGCACUGUGGGGAGAUUAGUGAGCUUCUACUCGCUCGUGUAGAUGGCAGGACGGUCUUCAGAGAUUUGGAGUUUGAGGAGGCUCAACAGGUCCAUCAGCAGAGCCAGCUGUUCCGAAUCAAAGCUGCACACCAAGAUAUCGUCAACAUCAUGAGCAGAAUCUAUGAGAUCUUCCGCAACGAUGGGCCAGAGGUGCAGCAGCACUGGGUGACGUACACUGAGAAGAUGGAUCGUAUGGUUGAGGAGGCUUUGCGUCUGAACAUUAAAUGGUCCCUACUGGAGCUCUCUAAAGCAAUCAACGGAGACAGCAAGACUUCCCCUAAUCCUCUGUUCAGAGUGCAGGUGGUUUUGAAACGAGAUGGGCCAGGGUCUACUGCUCAGGUGGAGUUUUCCCCCACUCUGCAGAAACUGGCGCAGAUAGUGAACAGCAUCAGCUCUCAGCUCAUCAGCACUAUCUCCGUGUUCAAGCGGCUGCCUGACCUGCUCACACGCAAACGCUCACAGAGGAAACCUGUCCACAACAUCAUUGAGCAGGAUGAGGAGAUCUCUAAGAUCCAGACUGCAAUAGCUGCAGGUAUGACAGCUAAUGCAACUCACCUGCAGGCCUACCUGAAGACCUGGGACAAAUAUCGCGAGAUAUGGGAGAUAAACAAAGACUCUUUCAUCCGCCGCUACCAGCGCCUCAACCCUCCUGUGUCAUCUUUUGAUGCCGACAUAGCCAGGUACACGGAGGUGGCGAAUAACGUGCAGAAGGAGGAGACAGUGCUGAGCGUGCAGUUUGUGUUGCUGGACUGCUCUCCUCUGAAAUUCUCUUUGGUGCAGCACUGUAAUGAGUGGCAGAGCAAGUUCACCCAGCUGCUCAGCCUCAUGGCCAGCACCAAACUCAAAGAGCUACACUGCUUCCUGCAGGACAAUGGAAAAAGGCUCUCUCAACCUCCUCAGACUCUGGUAGAGCUUGGGGAGAGUCUGAAGCUGCUAGAGACUCUGCAGGGAGAUCUGAGUAAGGUCGAGAGCCAGAUUCCUCCCAUCCAUGAGCAGUUUGCCAUCUUGGAGAAAUAUGAAGUCACUGUGGAGCGCGACGUUCAAGAGAUGCUGGAGGCUCUGAAUGGGGAGUGGCUUUGGUUCCAGCAGGUCGUGAUUGACAGCGACAUCAUGCUGAAAAAACACAAGGACAAGUUCAAGAGCAACCUCAUCUUCUCCGCAGAGGAGUUCAAGAAGAAGAUGCAGACUACUAUGCAGGACUUCAACAGCACAGGUCCCUUUGGCAGUAAUGUAAGCUCAGAGGCAGCCCUUGAGCAAAUCUUGGUGCUGCGAGCCCAGCUGGAGUCUCUGAAGGAGGAGGAAGGCACAAUACGGCACGGCCUCAGCAUCUUCAAGAUCGAACAGCCUGCUUCCAGAGACAUACAGAGCCUGGAGAAGGAUAUAGAUUACCUGCAGCAGGUGUGGGAGAUCAAUCAACAGUGGGACAAUCAUUGGAAUGAAUGGAAGACUGGUCAGUUUGCCUCUCUAAAGACAGAGCACAUGGAUAACACAGUGCAAACCUUGUUCAAGAAACUCCACAAACUUAGUCGAGAACUUAAGGAUAAACAAUGGGAGAUAGUGGAGUUCUCCAAGAACAGAAUUGAGCAAUUCAAAAGAACCAUUCCACUCAUAUCAGAUCUGAGGAAUCCAGCAAUGAGAGCCAGGCACUGGAAUCAGAUCAAGCAUGAGGUGCAACGUUCCUUUGACCAGAAUGGUGCAGAGUUCACUCUAGAGAAGAUUGUUUCUCUGGGUCUGGAGCAGCACACUGAGCGCAUCUGCGAAAUCUCCGGAGCUGCAAGCAAAGAGCUCUCCAUAGAGCAGUCACUGGAGGGAAUUGCUAAGACAUGGGAGGAGACAACCUUGGACAUUGCUCCUUACAAAGGCAAAGGUCACCACAGGCUAAGAGGUACAGAGGAAGUGUUCCAGGCUCUGGAGGAUAACCAGGUGACUCUGUCCACAAUGAAAGCCUCGCGCUUUGUCAGGGCUUUUGAGAAAGAGGUGGACCGUUGGGAGCGCUGCCUGUCACUAGUGCUGGAGGUCAUAGAGAUGAUCCUUACUGUCCAGAGACAGUGGAUGUACCUGGAGAACAUCUUCCUAGGGGAGGACAUUCGUGCACGGCUACCUCGUGAGUCCAUGGAGUUUGAUGACAUCAACUCCAGCUGGAAGACCAUCAUGGACCGAAUGAACAAGGACAACAACGCUCUGCGAGGAACACAUCACCCAGGUCUGCCUGAGAAGCUGUCUGAAAUGAACAGCAAGUUGGAGGAGAUCCAAAAGUCUUUAGACAUGUAUCUGGAGACCAAGAGACAAAUAUUUCCACGAUUCUACUUCCUGUCCAAUGAUGAUCUACUGGAGAUACUGGGCCAGUCACGCAACCCAGGCGCAGUACAGCCUCACCUCAAAAAAUGCUUUGACAAUAUCAAGAGCCUUCGCAUCAAUAAGGUGGGGAUCAGUAGUAGUAAGUCUGAGGCUGGUGGAAUGUUCUCUGCCGAUGGAGAGUUUGUGGAGUUCACUCACCCUGUUCUUCUAGAGGGGCCAGUAGAGGCAUGGUUAUGUGAUGUUGAGCGAACCAUGCGCUGGACUCUGAAGGAUAGUCUAAAGAACUGCUGCCUAGCACUCAAAAAAAUGGCUGGAAAAAGAGACAAGUGGGUUAAAGAUUGGCCUGGACAGAUGCUGAUAACAGCCAGUCAAAUCCAGUGGACCACAGAUGUCACCAAAUCCCUGAUUACAGGCAAAGAGAGAGCAGACAAAUCUGCACUCAAAUCCAUGAAGAAGAAGCAGGUGUCCAUGCUGCACCGCUACUCUGAUGCCAUCAGGGGAAACCUCUCAAAGAUCCUGCGCCUCAAGAUCGUUGCCUUGGUUACAGUGGAGGUCCAUGCACGUGAUGUCAUUGACAAAUUGGCUAAAGCAGGCUGCUGUGACGUCAACGCUUUUGAUUGGCUCUGCCAACUCCGCCUCUAUUGGGAUAAGGAUGUGGAUGACUGCAUUAUCAGACAGACCAACACACACUUCCAAUAUGGUUACGAGUACCUGGGCAACUCUGGCCGCCUGGUCAUCACCCCUCUAACCGACAGGUGCUAUAUGACUCUGACCACAGCCUUGCAUCUACAUCGUGGAGGCUCUCCUAAAGGCCCAGCUGGCACAGGCAAAACUGAGACUGUGAAAGACCUGGGCAAAGCUCUGGGCAUGUACGUCAUCGUGGUCAACUGCUCCGAUGGCCUAGACUACAAAUCCAUGGGCCGCAUGUACUCUGGCCUCGCUCAGACUGGCGCAUGGGGUUGUUUUGAUGAAUUUAACCGCAUUAAUAUUGAGGUGUUAUCAGUAGUGGCACAGCAGAUCCUAUCCAUCCUUUCAGCUCUGUCUGCAGGAGCCACCAACUUCAUCUUUGAGGGCAGAGAUAUCCGCCUGGUCUGGUCCUGUGGCAUCUUCAUCACCAUGAACCCUGGUUAUGCCGGUCGUACUGAGUUGCCUGAUAAUCUGAAGUCCAUGUUCCGACCAAUCUCUAUGGUAGUGCCAGACUCCACUCUGAUAGCUGAGAUAACUCUGUUUGGAGAGGGCUUCAACAACUGCAAGGUGUUAGCUAAGAAGGUGUUCACACUUUACUGUUUGGCAGUGCAACAGUUGUCAAAGCAAGAUCACUAUGACUUUGGCCUGCGUGCGCUCACCUCUCUGCUCCGCUACGCUGGCAAGAAGCGCAGAGCCUGUCCCGAUGUUGCAGAUGAAGAGAUCCUACUCAUGUCUAUGAAGGACAUGAAUAUUGCUAAGCUGACCUCCACUGACCUCCCACUGUUUAAUGGGAUCAUCCAGGACCUGUUCCCUGCUGUGGAGACGCCCACCAUCGACUAUGGCAAGUUAAAAGAGACCAUAGAAGAAGAGCUUCGUCAGAGUGGUCUACAGGUCACUCCCUUCACCCUGACUAAAGUCAUCCAGCUGUAUGAGACCAAAAACUCGCGUCACUCCUCCAUGAUUGUAGGCAAGACGGGCAGUGCCAAGACCGUCACCUGGAGGAUCUUACAAAACACCCUCACCACCAUGCACCGCAAGGACGAGCCUGGCUUCAACCUCAUCCGCGAGUAUCCUCUGAACCCCAAAGCAGUGAGUCUUGGAGAGCUGUAUGGAGAAUAUGACCUCUCCACCAACGAGUGGACUGACGGUGUUCUCUCCUCUCUGAUGAGAGCUGCCUGUGCAGAUGAGAAGCCAGACGAGAAAUGGAUUGUGUUUGAUGGACCAGUGGAUACUUUGUGGAUUGAAAGCAUGAACUCAGUGAUGGACGACAAUAAAGUCCUGACGCUUAUCAACGGAGAAAGAAUCGCCAUGCCUGAACAGGUGUCCUUAUUGUUUGAGGUGGAGGAUCUAGCUGUGGCCUCUCCAGCGACAGUGUCCCGCUGUGGGAUGGUGUAUAAUGACUACUCAGACAUGGGCUGGAAGCCAUACGUUCAGUCUUGGAUCGACAAGCGGCAGAAGAUGGAGGUAGAUCAUCUAAAACGUCUGUUUGACAAAUACAUUGAGAAAACAAUAAGCUUCAAGAGGGCUCACUGUAAGGAGCUGGUACCCAUCACUGAGCUGAACGGAGUCGUCUCUCUCUGUAGACUGUAUGAUUCAUUGGCCAGUCCUGAGAAUGGGGUUAACCAAGCUGACAGUGAGAACUAUGGCAGAAUGGUAGAGCUUUGGUUCAUCUUCAGCUUGAUCUGGUCUGUCUGUGCAUCAGUGGACGAGGAUGGACGCAAGAAGUUUGACAACUUCUUACGAGAAAUGGAGGGAACAUUUCCUAACAAGGACACCAUUUAUGAAUACUACGUGGACAUCAAGAACAAAACCUGGGCAUCAUUCGAGGACAAGCUGCCCAAGGGCUGGCGCUAUGCCUCCAAUGCUCCGUUUUAUAAGAUCAUGGUUCCUACUGUGGAUACGGUGCGGUAUAAUUUCCUGGUGAAGUCUCUGGUCUGUGGCCAGUACCCAGUGUUACUGACCGGACCUGUGGGCACAGGGAAGACGUCUGUGGCUCAAAGUGUCCUACAGGGGCUGGACUCAGCCAAAUGGACCAUGCUCAUCAUCAAUAUGUCCUCUCAGACCACCUCAAACAAUGUGCAGGCGAUUAUAGAGUCUAGAGUGGAGAAGCGCACAAAAGGUGUGUAUGUGCCGAUUGGAGGGAAGAGCAUGGUAACUUUUCUGGAUGAUCUGAACAUGCCUGCCGUGGAUGACUUUGGCUCUCAGCCUCCUCUAGAGCUACUUCGACUCUGGAUUGAUUAUGGCUUCUGGUAUGACCGGCAGAAGCAGACCCUGAAGUGUGUCAAGGACAUGUUUCUGCUUGCUUCCAUGGGGCCUCCUGGUGGAGGGAGGACUUACAUAUCAGGUCGCCUGCAGAGCCGCUUCAAUCUCAUCAACAUGACUUUCCCUACGGAGUCUCAGAUUAAGCGUAUCUAUGGUACAAUGAUAAACCAGAAGCUUCAGGAAUUUGAGGAGGAGGUGAAGCCCAUAGGAAGUGUUCUGACACAAGCCACGCUGGAGCUGUACUAUGCCAUCACCACCCGCUUUUUGCCCACUCCUGCCAAAAUACACUACCUAUUCAACCUCAGAGACAUCUCUAAGGUGUUCCAAGGCCUGCUACGAUCUCACAGGGACUUCCAUGACACCAAACAGAGCAUCACACGCCUUUGGAUUCAUGAGUGCUUCAGGGUGUUCUCAGACCGGCUGGUGGACCACGCUGAUAUGGAGGCAUUUGUAGCACUGUUAGCUGAGAAACUGGGCUCUGUGUUUGAUCUCACCUACCAUAGCAUCUGUCCCAACAAACAGCCUCCUAUAUUUGGGGACUUCCUGAAGGAGCCACAUGUCUAUGAGGACUUGCUGGACUUCAAGACUCUGAAAGGCUUUAUGGAGUCUCAGUUGGAGGACUACAAUCUCACACCUGGAGUUGUCCCCAUGAGCCUGGUGCUCUUCAGAGAUGCUAUUGAGCAUGUGACACGGGUGGUGCGUGUGAUCAGUCAGCCGAGGGGUAAUAUGCUUUUGGUGGGGAUUGGUGGUUCUGGUAGGCAGAGUCUCUCCAGGCUCGCCGCCUACAUCUGCGAAUACCAGAUCUUUCAAGUGGAGGUCACCAAGCAGUAUCGUAAGCAGGAGUUCAGAGAGGACAUUAAGAAGUUGUACAGGCUGACUGGAGUGGACAACAAGCCCACUGUUUUCCUGUUUAAUGACACUCAGAUUGUAGAUGAGUCCUUCUUGGAGGACAUCAACAACAUCCUCAGCUCAGGAGAGGUUCCAAACCUCUACAAGUCGGAUGAGUUUGAAGAGGUCCAGAGUGCUCUCUCUGACUGUGCCAGGAAGGACAAUGUUCUGGAGACAGCAGAUGCCAUGUUUAACUACCUGAUAGAGCGUGUGAGAAACAACCUUCACAUAGUGCUGUGCAUGAGUCCAGUAGGAGACCCCUUCAGGAAUCGUAUUCGUCAGUACCCAGCACUGGUCAACUGCACCACUUUAGACUGGUUUUCUGAGUGGCCACGAGAUGCUUUGCUUGAAGUGGCUGAGAGAUACCUGGAUGGUCUCACCCUGGGGCAUGUGGAAGGGAUCCAGACCAAAGUGGCUAGUAUCUUUGUGACUAUGCACCAGUCAGUGACUCAGUUCUCUCAGAGGAUGAAGCUGGAGCUCAAAAGGAACAACUAUGUCACACCCACCAACUACCUGGAGCUGGUUUCUGGAUAUAAGAAGUUGUUGGCUGAGAAGCGCAUUGAACUUGGUGAGCAGGUGUCGAAGCUGAGGAAUGGCUUAUUCAAGAUUGAUGACACACGCGGUAAAGUGGAGGCCAUGUCUGUGGAACUGGAAGAUGCCAAGAAGAAAGUGGCCGAAUUCCAGAAGCAGUGUGAGGAGUACCUUGUCAUCAUUGUACAGCAGAAGAGAGAAGCAGAUGAACAGCAGAAGGCUGUGAGUGCACACAGUGAGAAGAUUGGUGCAGAGGAGAUUAAAUGCAAGGCAAUGGCUGAUAAUGCUCAGAGAGAUCUGGAUGAAGCCCUACCUGCACUAGAGGAGGCUAUGAAGGCCCUGGAGUCCCUGAAUAAGAAGGAUAUGACUGAGAUCAAAUCUUAUGGCCGACCACCAGCUCUGGUAGAGACAGUGAUGCAGGCGGUCAUGAUCCUGAGGGGGUGUGAACCUACCUGGGCCGAAGCUAAGAGACAGCUGGGUGAAGCAAACUUCAUUAAGCAGCUGGUGCACUUUGAUAAGGAUAACAUAUCAGACCGUGUACUGAAGAAGAUUGGACAGUACUGCACGCAACCCGACUUCCAACCCGAGAUCAUUGGCAGAGUCUCACUGGCUGCCAAAUCCCUCUGUAUGUGGGUCAGAGCCAUGGAGGUGUAUGGCCGUAUCUAUCGGGUGGUGGAGCCGAAGCGAGCUAGGCUGCAAGGAGCCAUGGCUCAGCUGGCAGAGAAACAGUCUGCUCUGGCUGAGGCCCAGGCCAAACUUCGAGAGGUGGGAGAGAAACUGGACCAGCUGAAGAAGCAGUAUGAUGAGAAGCUGACUCAGAAGGAGGAGUUGAGGAAAAAGUCUGAAGAUAUGGAACUUAAACUGGACCGGGCAGGCAAACUGGUGUCUGGACUAGCUGGAGAGAGAGCACGCUGGGAGGAGACCGUAAAGGGUCUGGAGAAGGACAUGGGCUACCUGGUGGGAGACUGCCUGCUGGCUGCGGCAUUUCUCUCUUACAUGGGCCCUUUCCUCUCCAACUACAGAGAUGAGCUGCUCACAAACAUCUGGAUGAAGCAGUUCAGGGAGCUGGAGGUUCCAUGCUCUCCAGGCUUCAGUUUCGCAGCGUUCCUCUCCAAAGCCACAGUGGUGCGCGACUGGAACAUCCAGGGCCUCCCCUCUGACGCUUUCUCCACCGAGAACGGAGUCAUCGUCACCCGUGGCAACCGAUGGCCGUUAAUGGUGGACCCUCAAGGACAAGCGCUAAAGUGGAUUAAGAACAUGGAGUCUAAAAGAGGAUUGAAAGUGAUUGACCUGCAGAUGCCAGAUUUCUUGCGGAUUUUGGAGAACGCAGUGCAGUUUGGCUCUCCGAUUCUAUUACAGAAUGUACAGGAAGAACUGGAUCCCUCACUCGCCCCGAUACUCAACAAGUCUCUCACACAUGUCGGUGGGAGGCUCCUGCUGAAGCUGGGAGAUAAAGACAUUGAAUAUAACCCAGAUUUCCGCUUCUACAUCACCACUAAAUUAUCCAAUCCUCACUACACACCAGAGAUCUCCACCAAAACCACCAUUGUUAACUUUGCUGUGAAGGAACAGGGUCUGGAGGCUCAGCUGUUGGGUAUAGUGGUGCGGAAGGAGCGACCUGAGCUGGAGGAACAGAAAGACUCUUUAGUGAUCAACAUUGCCUCGGGCAAGAGGAAACUGCAGGAGCUAGAGGACGAGAUUCUCCGCUUGCUGAACGAGGCGACUGGCUCCCUACUGGAUGAUGUGCAGCUGGUGAACACACUGCAGACCUCCAAAGUCACUGCUACCGAAGUGUCAGAACAACUGGAGACCAGUGAACAGACGGAGAUCAAAAUCGAUACUGCCAGAGAGGCCUAUCGGCCUUGUGCCCAGCGUGCCUCCAUCUUGUUCUUCGUGCUGAAUGAUAUGGGUCGUAUAGACCCCAUGUACCAGUUCUCUCUGGAUGCUUACAUAGACCUGUUCAACCUCAGCAUUGAGAAGAGCCAGCGCAGCCACAAGCUGGAGGAGAGAAUCACCAACCUCAAUGACUACCACACUUACGCAGUCUACAGGUACACAUGCCGUGGCCUGUUUGAGCACCACAAGCUGCUGUUCAGCUUCCACAUGUGUGCUAAGAUCCUUGAAGUGGCUGGCAAGCUCAACAUGGAUGAGUACAGCUUCUUUCUCCGAGGAGGGCUGGUCUUGGAUAAAGAGGGGCAGAUGGAUAACCCAUGCACUAGUUGGCUUUCUGACUCUAACUGGGACAACAUUACUGAACUGGACAAGCUGGCCAACUUCCAUGGGCUCAUGGCCUCCUUUGAGCAGUACCCAAGAGACUGGAAUCUGUGGUACACUAGCUCAGAACCAGAGAAUGCCCCUCUACCUGGUGAGUGGGAGAAUGGAUGUAACGAGCUGCAGAGGAUGUUGAUAGUGCGUUCUCUAAGGCAAGACCGCGUCUCGUUCUGCGUCAACUCCUUCAUCAUCAAUAACCUGGGCUCGCGCUUUGUGGAGCCACCAGUCCUCGACAUGAAGGCCGUACUUGAAGACUCCACCACUAAGACACCGCUGAUCUUCGUGCUGUCCCCUGGUGUAGACCCUACAGGUGCUCUGGUGCAGCUGGCAGAGAUGUCAGGCAUGGGCCGCCGCUUUCAAGCUCUCUCACUGGGACAGGGCCAGGCCCCUAUUGCCACACGCAUGAUCAAAGAGGGAGUGAAGAACGGCCACUGGGUGUUCCUGGCUAACUGCCACUUAUCCCUAUCGUGGAUGCCUCAACUAGAUAAGCUUGUGGAACAGCUACAGGUGGAGGAUCCUCAUCCAGAUUUCAGACUUUGGCUCAGUUCUUCCCCUCACCCAGAAUUCCCCAUCGCCAUACUGCAGGCUGGCAUCAAGAUGACCACAGAGCCACCCAAGGGGGUGAAGUCGAAUAUGAAACGUCUGUACCAGCUGGUGACAGAGUCACAGUUCUCACGCUGCACAAAGCCCGUCAUCUACCGCAAAUUGCUCUUCGCCCUCUGCUUCUUCCACAGCAUCCUGCUCGAGCGCAAGAAGUUCCUCCAGCUUGGCUGGAACAUUGUCUACAGUUUCAAUGACUCUGACUUUGAGGUGAGUGAGAACUUAAUGAGUCUGUAUUUGGAUGAGUAUGAGGAGAUCCCCUGGGAUGCUCUGAAGUACCUCAUUGCUGGGGUCAACUACGGAGGUCAUGUUACGGAUGACUGGGACCGCCGCCUCCUCGCUACAUACAUCAAUGACUACUUCUGUGAGGGCGCUGUCAACACUCCUUUCUUUAGACUGUCCUCUCUGCCUACCUAUUACAUCCCUCGCGAUGGGCCUCAGACGGCAUAUCGUGAGUAUAUCAGCCUGCUGCCAGCAGUGGAACACCCGGAGGUUUUUGGGCAGCACCCCAACUCAGACAUCGCCAGCCAAAUCUCUGAAACACGCACGCUAUUUGACACACUCCUCUCCCUUCAGCCCCAAGUAACCAGCACAGCAGCUACGGGGACAGGUCCCAGCCGUGAGGACAAGGUGUUAGAACUCUCUGCUGAUGUGCGUCAGAAGAUCCCAGCGCAGGUGGACUAUGAAGGCACGCGGAAGCUCCUGCAGGACGACCCCUCACCUCUUAAUGUAGUCCUGUUGCAGGAAAUACAGAGAUACAACACUCUGCUGCACACCAUCAGAACAUCUCUCCUAGAGUUGGAAAAGGGCAUUAAAGGUCUAGUAGUGAUGUCCAGCAGUCUGGAGGAGACAUUUCAGUGCAUCCAUGACGCUCGUGUGCCUCCACUUUGGGAAAAGGCGUAUCCGUCUCUGAAGCCCUUGGCAUCAUGGACAAGAGACCUGUGCCAGCGGGUGGAGCAGUUUGCACGCUGGGCAGAGACAGCACACCCGCCAGUGCUCUUCUGGCUCUCUGGCUUCACCUUUCCCACAGGCUUCCUCACAGCUGUGCUACAAUCCUCUGCACGGCAGCACAACGUGUCUGUGGACACACUUUCUUGGGAGUUUAUUGUGUCUACAGUAGAUGACAGCAACCUGCUCUUCCCUCCCAAGGAUGGCGUGUUUGUUCGGGGACUGUAUUUAGAGGGAGCUGGAUGGGAUAAGAAGAACUCAUGUCUGGUGGAGGCAGAGCCCAUGCAACUGGUCUGCCCUAUGCCCACCAUCCACUUCAGACCUGUAGAGAACCGCAAGAAAGUAGCCAAGAGUAUGUACUCUUGUCCCUGCUAUUACUUCCCUGUGCGUUCAGGAGGGGCUGGGCGCCCUUCAUUUGUGGUGGGAGUGGACCUGAAAUCAGGAGCUGUGACCUAUGAGCACUGGAUCAAGAGAGGAACAGCACUACUGAUGAAUUUGGACAAUUAGAAAGGCAACACACAUACAGACAGUAUGAAAGUCUAUACAUUCAGAGUUCAUGUUCAUGUUGCACACUAAAGGCAAAAGUUUUCAACAGUCUGUAAAUAGUUUUAUGUUUGUAAGUUAAAUGAAAUACAAAAUGCUAUUGACAAUUAAACACAGAUUUAAUCCAA